CCGCGUGGUGGCAUUUUGGGGCCGAGACGCGCGGCAGCCGCCAUUACGCCCUCAGCGGCCUACCGAGCACGCCACCCCGCCGAAAACCCUCCUCCAGCGCCUCCACACACCGCCCACCUCGCCUCUACCAGUGCAAAGGAGUCACGACAGAGGAUGGUCAUGGAAACCCCAACCCCGCAGUGCGUUGGCCUUGAGUUUGUGCGCCAGUACUACACGGUGCUCAACAAGGCCCCCCUGCACCUCCACCGUUUCUUCAGUCACAACUCAUCGUUCAUGCAUGGGGGCCACACGUCCAUGAGCGAGCCAAUCGUGGGCCAAGCGGACAUCCACAAGGUCAUCAUGGGACUCAACUUCCGCGACUGCCAUGCCAAGAUCCGCAUGGUGGACGCCCAAGCCACGCUGGGCGACGGCGUGGUCAUCCAGGUGACCGGUGAACUGUCUAACAACGGCAAUCCGAUGCGGCGCUUCAUGCAGACCUUCGUGCUGGCCCCACAGACCCCCAAGAAGUACUACGUGCACAACGACAUCUUCCGCUACCAGGACGAGGUGUUCAGUGACGAGGAGGGGGGGGAAGAGGGUGGCAGCGAGGGGGAGGAGGAGCUGGAGCCGCCCCUCCCCACCCAGGGCUUCACCACCCCCGCCCCCUCCACCACCCCCGCCGUCACCACCCUCAACGGCACCCCUCACCCCCCUGAGCCUGAGGCCACACCCCCCGCCCCGGCUGUUCCUGCCCCAGCACCGGCCCCCGCAACCCCACAGGUCCCCCCCACCCCUGUCCCUGUGACUCCCGUGGUGGUGCCCGCCGCCCCGGGAGCCUCCGCCCCUACAGCCGCCACCGCCCCCAUCGUCGCCCCGGCCCUCUCUCCCACUCCCCCAGCCCCCAGUGUCACCGAGCCUGCCCCGGAGACCCCGCCAACCCCGGAGAAGCAGGAGCCCGAGGGAUGGUCCUGCGUUCCCCCCUCAGACAGCUGGGGGGGUGAAGCACAGGGGUCCUCCUGGGAAGACAUCUCGGCCCCCCCAAAGGAGACCCCAGAGCCAGACCCUCCCCAGCCUGACCCAGUCCAGCAGCCCAUCUCCAGCGAACCCAAGACCUACGCCAACCUUUUCAAGAGCUCCGGAGGCUUCCCCCCGGCACCCACCUCGGUCCCCCAGGUCACGCCACAGCCCCCAGCGGCCACCCCUGCACCCACCACCCCAGCCCCAGCCAUGAACCGCGUAGAGAUGAACAGCCGGCCACCACCAACGGCGGCGGCGGCAGCGUCGACGGCGCCGGCUCCUGGCGGCACUGGGGGCAUGGGCAGCAUGGGAAGCCAGCCCCCCACCCAGCCCGGCGGCGGGGGAGGCUUCACCCAGCGCAACCCACGCACCCUGCAGGGCGGGCGAGGGCCACCCAGGGACCGCCCUUACAGGCCCAACAGUGAGGACAACUCUGAGCUGGACAGCCUGGGAGGAGAGGAGAAGAGAAGACCACUCGUGCCUGACAGCCAACAGAUCUUUGUGGGGAACCUGCCUCAUACUGCAGGGGAAGAGGAGCUCAAGGUUGAGUUCUCCAAGUUCGGCAAGAUCAUGGACGUGCGGAUAAACACAGCCAAGGGCAAGACAGGUCCCAAGGGUCAGGUGCCCAACUUUGGCUUCAUCACCUUCGAGGAGGAGAGCACCGUCACCAGGGUCCUUAACAGCAGGCCCAUCCACCUCAACGGGGAGCACCGCCUCAACGUGGAGGAGAAGAAGGCCCGCAUGCGUGUGGACGGCGGCAUGGGGCGCCCCAACAGCGGCCGGGGCGGCAUGGGCGGCCUGCGACAGGGGCCCCCGGGAGGCUUACAGGGGCGGGGUGGCAGUCGACCCGGGUACAACCGCGACAAUAACCGGGGCGGACCACGGGGCGGCUUUAUACCCCGCCGCUAAGGGUAUCCAAGGCCCCGAGAAGUCCCACUUCCCCGCCCUCGCCCCAGCUCCCUUGCCCGCCCCGCCCUGGCCCUCCCACAGCCCCCGCCCCAGCCCGCCCCGCCCCCACGGAGGGUUGCCUCAACAAAGUGGUGCUUGAGGUGAUGAAAGUUGGUGGUGAUAAAAAUAAAUAAAAAAAGUGAUAGUGAAUGGAACAUAACGUUAAGAAAGAAAGGAAGAAGAAGGCGAAGAAGAAGAAGACAAAAAAAUAAUAAAUAAACAGACUAAAAAAACGGUUUAAAAGAGUUAAUUCACGUUGAGAGAAGAACAGAAAAAAAAACUAAAACACUCCUUCACCUGUAUGGAAUAAGUGGCUUCUUUUGUAUGGUUUUGUUUCUCUCUCUAUCUCUCUUUCCCUCCUCCUCCCUCCCUCUCUCACUUCCUCAUUUAUUUUUAUAUAUUCUCAUCUUCUGUCUCCAUUCGCAUAACCUCAUCUACUGUCAUUCAUAAUUAAGCGUAAGUCUAUCUAUCAAACACAUCCGUAGUCAUUGAUAGUUGGGACCUGCAGUAAAUUUUCCCUUCCUCCUCCUCCCCCUACCCCCCUUUUUCCCUCCGCAACUUACCUCCCCUUCCCUCCACCCUAAUACGCUCGGCCACUAGUCAUGAGUUGGCCUUCCCCUUCCCUCCCCUUCCCUACACCCUAAUACGCUCGGCCACUAGUCAUGAGUUGGCCUUCCCCUUCCCUCCCCUUCCUUUCCCCUCUCCUCCCCUCUCCUUCCUAUCCCCUCCAUAAUGUCGCCGUCUCUAUCGGACCGAGCGCUUAAAAUUAAAACACAAGAUAAAAUGAUGGAAAAAAAUUACAAAAAAGGGAAAUAAAAAACGUAACUAAAUUGACGAUAAUGUAGUUUUUUUUUUUUACGUAGUUGUGCCGAGUCUGUUUUUAUUUCUUCCCCGUUCACUUUGAUUAUUAUUAUUAUUAUUAUUAUUAUUAUUAUUAUUUUUCUUCGUGAAUUUGUACUUGUUCGGGAUUGCCAUUACGCACGAGACGUCUAGUUCUCCGUCGUAAUCGUUCUUUUUUUUGUUCUUUUUCUCCUGUUUCAAGCGAGGAACGUAUUAACCGAUCGUAUUAUUAUUUUUUUUAUUAUUGCGUUUUAUCAUUAUCAUUCGUGUUCUUGUCCCGUUUCUCUCUCCGUCGGGUCACCAUCAUCGCCUCGCUCGUCCUUCCCUCCUUUGUCAUCCAUCGCCCCUUUCGUUCCAUUUAUCCAACCGUCUCCUAUUCCCUCUUUUCCAUCUCCUCUCUUCUCCGUGCAUUUUAAGUUUCCCUCUCCGAGAAGACGCAGCAUUUACAAACUCCUACGGCUGUAUCGCAAGUUUCCUGUUUGUCACGUUUAUUUUUUACAUCAUUUUACGCUACACAACUCCGGGUAUGGCCGUACCUGCGCUGUGGUGUGGGCAUUACGUCGCUGAUAGCAUUGCCGGUGGUCGUUGGCUGCAGCUGUGCCCUUGUACCCAUGCCCGUAACCUGAUCCCGUGUCCCUCUCUCCCAUAUAAACUAAUUUCCUUUUGUAUAUCACUGUUUACAAUCCUUCCCUAUUUUUGAUAACCUCCAAUUUCUCUUUCAUUUAUACCUUUUGCUGUUACAAUCCUGCCUGUCUAUAUUUUUGAUAAAGCCUGAUUUUGACUUUUUCGUACCCUCAUACCUGAUCAUUUACCCCCAUACCCUGUGGCCUUACUCGUGUGAACUCCUUUACUUCCCUCGUAUUCUUUACACACCCACCGCAACGUUUUUAUAACCCCCAUACGUUCAUACGAUUCCCCCCUCCUCUAUACCCUGCGUCCCUUACUCCUGCCCCCAGUACAUAGCCUGGUGUGUCCCCCCCUCACAUGCAGCAAGUUAAGGCUGUCGUAAUAAACAUCGGCCUUGUGAGAAUUCUCGUCACAUGCGACAAAAAAUAACGCACCACAUGGAUUGCACGAGUCGUCAAGUCGUAUAGUCAGUCAGUCACUCGAAGACGAAAGCAUGUAACCAUUUCACCAGCAUGGCAUAUACCUACGUAUUGUUUAGUUACCGUUCAAACUCACCAAGUGCUGUCGUUUUCUCUCACACCAGUACCACGUGUCAUGUCGAAGCAAGUAACUACGUAGCGGGGUAAACUAAACCGAGAGUGGAUGCGUUUGAACGAGACAUCCGCUGUGGGGGGAGUGUCACAUCUUGUCUGACUUUGUGUUGGUUUCUAGCGCAACGGAACGGACUUUUUUUAUUUAUGUUUUGCUGGUUAGUUGUCGGUUAAGGUUAUGCUCUCUCUCUCUAUCUCUAUCUAUCUAUCUAUAUAUUUCCAUCCCCUGCACACACACACACACACGUACACACACACCAUAUCCAUCAUCCCCACUCACCAAUCCAUUCUCACCAUACCAUCACUGUCACCACCUCCCCUUCCUCCUCCUCCGUCAUUAUCGACAUUAUACCCACACAGUGCCUAGACAUAUAUGGACAUAGCGCAGGGCCUAUCCAUUUCAAUCUAUUAUCUAUCUAUUAAUCUAUCUCGUCAUCUUUCGUGUUCUCAUCCCCAUUCUUCUUCACUAUUUCGCUCUUCCCCAUCCUCCUCCUCCUCCUCCUCCUCCUCCCCUAUCACCAGUGGGGUUCUUCAUUCCAUUCCAUCGGACAGUGGCCACACCCACCACGCCCGCACACACGCAUCCACCCACCACCACCACCCAUCCGUCAUCCACCCACCGACCUCCUCUGCGUAUUCGCGUAUAUCUUUUUACGUAAACACACGGCAGUAUAUCUUACGGCAGUAUUACACUAUUUUUUCUCCACCCUCCCUCGUUUUGUUUUCGUCACAAAUACACACACACAGGUAAACGCAUACACCGAUUUACACACACACACACACACGCACACACACCCACACACACACGAUAAUACGUUUAACAAAAAGGAAUGGCACCAAAUGUACGACUACGUUAAUUGAAUAGUACGCCAAGUCUUGUGUUUGUUUCCCAUUACGCUACGUUUGCCUUAAUACUAUUUUUACUAUGCCUGUUAUUACGACUAUUAUUAUUAUUAUUAUUACGACUUAUUAUUGCCGCUGCUCUUGUAUUUGUUCCUGGUUGUGUUGUCGACAGGAUUUCUUUCAGCCCCCAAACCACGACGUUCGUUGGAUUUGCAGAAUGUGAUAUUAGUUUAGGUCAUUACGGUGAGCUGAGACAGGGGAGGCGCGGUGGGUCGAUCGGCAACAUGUACGUCUAAUAUAUUGCGUGUGUACGUGCGUGUACCGGCUGCGGCUCCGUUGGGUCGCCAGCAGCCAUCUCCAAGGUCAGGUCAAGGUCAGGGUCGACACGGCUCCCCACAGGUCAUUGUAGUAAUUUUUUCCCUCCUCCCGUCACUCGCCCCUCACCCCGACACACACACACACACACACACACACACACACACACACACACACACACACACACACACACACACCUCAGCCUGAUAAUUGAGCUCACGUAACAGUAAUAACGCUGGUACGCUGGGUCCCGGGCAGCCCGCGCCGUUACUUCGCAUGCCUCUCGCCACUUCGGUAAAUCGUCACUCAGCUGCGUUUUAAGUAAUACGGAGGAUCGUCGCGAGGUUCAUUUUUAUCAGCUGGAGUCUCAUCACAAAUAGCGCCGUGGCGAACGCGCGAAGUAACGGCCCCCCUGCCCCCGGGACGUAUCGUAAUAAUUAAUAAAAAAAAAUUGUAGCAGUCGUGUCAUACGGUCGUUUGUUUGUUACUCCGGGAAACUUUCACACAAGAGUUUUCACACCUGGAAAUUUCCGUUGUAGUGAGGUUUUCAGUCGAUUGAUCCUUUAUAAUGUUAAUAAUAAUGAUAAUAAAUAACAGUAAUGUCUGAGAAUACCAAUGCUUUUUGCUACCACUGUAUUUAUGGCCCGUGCGGCGGCAGCAGCAGCAGCUCCGGCCCAAUCUUUUUGUGAUGGAGGACGAAAGUGAGAAUAAAGCCUCUUUUGA